AUAGAGACUGUUGCUAACAACUGUGUCCAAAUGAAAGCGGGAGAGGAAAAUAAAACACAGCCAUCAGAAAAGUGAGAAGAGACGUUUAAGAUAUAGUGUUCAGUAACUGUAAUCUUUAUCAUCAUCAUUAUGGCUCGAGGAAGAUCAGUGGUCAGCAUCCUCUCUGACAGCUUUGACAUGGACUUUGAUGGAAUUGCUGAGACAGAGAUCGGAAAGCUGCAGCGACAGUUUCGUAUCACAGAAGGAGAUCGCCAGGCCUACAGCAUCCAGUCACAAGAAAUUAUCCGCAAACAGCGGCAGGAGAUUUCUAAGCUGCAUGAGGAAAAGGAGGAGUUGUUGCGAUCUCUGCGUGUGGUGGAGUGCCAAGCGUGCAAACAGAGUGACAGUCAGAAUGCCCAGAGUCUGCGAUCGCUGCUGAACCAGAGAGAUGAUCUAGAUGAGCAACUGGAGAGAGAGAGACAGACCCAGGCAGAGCUGGAACAGGAGAUCCUGAGUGUCGAGAAAAAGUUGGCGGAGUUUAGGAAAGGAGAGAUCACAGAUUCUCACAGCCAUACGUCUCAGAUCCAUCACAGUCAGAAAGUCACAAGCACACUGGAAAACAAUCUGGACCGGGCUCUUGUUCAUUUUAAUGAACAGCUGACAAAGAACAGCCAGCUUAGAGAAGAGAUUGAGGCACUUUGCAAGAAGCGCAUCCGAUUCCAGCAGCAGCGUCGCAAACUGGAGAAGGGGCUGCAGGAUAUUCGCAGGGAUAUUGGUGAGGUUAUUAGCAUGUCAGCCUCAGCUUAUGAUGCAAGAUUUGAGGCUCAGACUAAAAUCAGCAUGAUGAAAGAGAAGGCGGUGAAGGAUCUUGCACAGUACACAGCUGAUAUGAAGGAGCUGGAGAGAGUUAUCGCCCAUAAAAGUAGACUCAAAGAGUUCAUGACCACCAAGAGAAAUGAGAGAAGUGUCCUUGAAGAUGGACAGGAAAUAAGUCACAGACAUGAGAUGAAGGAGCAAAGGAAGGCAGAUUCUGGUGUGGACACUCUGGAGGUGGUGUUCCAGCAGAUCCAGAGUGUGACUGGAGAAGAAGAUUUAGAGAUGUUGGUUACAAUGUUCAUUCAGGCUGAGGACAGAAAUUUUGCUUUCUUCAACUAUGUCAAUGAGCAGAAUGCAGAGACUGUAAAACUGAAAGCAGAAAUCCAGCAGAUUGGAGAGGAGAUGAACCAGUUUCAAUCAGAAGGUCUCCAACUGGAACAGAAAUAUCAGGAGGAUUUUAAACUGGUGAAGGAUCUACAGAAAGAAUGUGAAAAACAGGCUCAACAGUAUGAAGCCCAGGCUGAUGAUAUCACCAAUAUCCUUGAUCAGAUCAAAACAGGGGUGGACAGAUUGUUUGAUAUGCUUGAUAGUGACCAAGCACUGGUGGAAGAUCCGAGCUCUCCGUCUGGGAUAAUAGACAGUAACAUCAUGACAUAUCUGAGCCUGGCAGAACAGAGAACCAGUGAACUGCUCACUAUUCAUGCUUUCAUUAACUCCAAGGACCAGGAGAAGAGUAAUGACCCCAAAGUAAUGGCUCAGUACCUGCUAGGUCAGACCCCAGAGGACCAGAGACAGAUAGUUAUCAUUCAGCCUCCUGUUACCGGGGACAAUGAUGAAGCUGAGGACACUCCAAUCACAGAUGAGGAAGAUCACCCUUUGAGCGAAACAGUACUCCGUCAGCAGAUUAGGUCUUGCUUAAAGAUGGGUCUCUGCUUACUGGAGGGGGCAGAGAUGUGAAAACCCUAAAAAGCAACACCAUGUCCAGUAUAUACAAGUGCAAUAUGAUCAACAGAAUAAAAUUAUUCUCCGCAA